CACAGUUUCUUAGGAAAACAGCAAUAACAAAACAAAACAAACAAAAAAUUGUGUGGAAUAACAGAAUGAUGAUUUUUUUUUUUAAUGUUCUCAAUUGUUUUAGGACCGCCUCAGUUUCUUUAUCCUUUUAAUAUUUGGCUUAAAUGGCUUCAGAAAAUGAGCUUUCAAAUUCCAAAAGGAAAUAAAUGUGAUUUGCUUAAUAUUUUAUAAAGUCUUCGGUGGAAGUGUUUUUUGAGGCAACAGAAAAUGCAAGUUGCAGUGAAUCAGCAAGUACGAAAAUCCUUUGGGCUUUGGAAGAUGAUAAAGACAAGCCAGGUGACACUGCAAUAUUUCCUUGGAUAACAGAGAUAGAAGGCUGUGGAAGGAACAUGUUUUAUGUAGUGCAGGAACCUGUGAAGAUGGAAAUAUGGAAAUAGCCCUAAGGAAAAUAACACACAAAAGAAAACUUACACCUAAACAGGUAUCAUUUUAUUUUGAGUAAAUAGAAUAUGAAUACAGCUGCAAGUAAAAACAAAACAAAAAAGAGACGGUUAACUGUCAUUUCAAACAGCCAGAAGAAGUAACUAAGGGCUUAGAGAGGUAAAAAUGGCUAGUGAUGGGGAAAGAAAAGAGGACAAGGGAUAGGUUGGCACCUGAACUUAAAUACAACAGUUGCACACGGGAAGGAAACUGAAAUUUCAAACAAGCUCUGAAAAAACUACAGAGGAAAACACUCAUGGAUCACACAUUAAUGAAUUUAUUUUCUCAAAAAAUAGGGAGAAGGUGAAAAAGGUACGGUUAAGUUUUGGAAACACAAUGAAAGUUUGAAAAAUUAGGUUGAAAGAAUUUCUGAGAAGUCUAUGAGAUAAGGACUAGGUUAUUCAGAAACUAACAUGAGGAAACUGUCUAAUGAUAUAUAAAACUGAAAAAUACUCCAAUCAAUAUUGUCUUCAGAUUUUGAUCCCGUUGAAUGGUUUACCACCACUGUGAAUCCUUUAUGUCUAGCCUAGGUGUGAUAUUGUUUUUAAAAUAACUUUUAAUCUGCAAUAAGUGACUGUUUUUCCCCCCAAUUGCAAUUGGUGAAUCACAAAAAGUAUACGGGUGAUGAAUAGAGGGCAUGAGAUAAAGGGAACCAGUUUGGUUAGCUAUCAUAAGCUAGAAACAAGCCAUCUAGUCCAUUUAAUUUUGCUCAUUGAAAAUGAUUGGGGAAUACACAGAUGUAGACCCUGAUGUUUGGCCACUCAAUGACUCUUGGGAAAUGAGAUAGAAAAUUUGAAAGGAAUACUUAGGGUAGAAAAGGUAAUAUGAUACAUUCAUAAUAUAGUAAAAUAUAUGUGCCUAAAAUAAAUUAAUUUCUUUUUAUUUUUUAAAUUUAUCAAGUCUUCACAGGGAAUAGAGGAUGAAAAAGCAGUGUCAUGAUUUGAUUCUACUGAUGAAGUUACCAUGCCAACAAUCAAUGGCUCAGUCUUCAUGCCCUCUGUACUAACACUCAUUGGGAUCCCUGGCCUGGAGUCAGUGCAGUGUUGGAUUGGGAUUCCAUUCUCUGUCAUGUACCUCACUGCUGUGAUUGGGAAUUCCCUUAUCUUAGCUAUAAUCAAAUGGGAAAACAGCCUCCAUAAACCCAUGUACAUUUUUUUGGCUAUGUUGGGGACCACAGACAUUGCACUUAGCACUUGUAUUCUUCCCAAAAUGUUAGGCAUCUUCUGGUUUCAUUUGCCAAAUAUUUAUUUUGAAUCCUGCCUGCUGCAAAUGUGGCUCAUUCACUCAUUUCAGGCAAUUGAAUCAGGUGUCCUGCUGGCAAUGGCUCUGGACCGCUAUGUGGCCAUUUGUAACCCCUUGAGACAUGCCACCAUCUUCUCACAACAACUUCUGAUUCAUAUUGGAGUUGCAGUGACACUUAGGGCUGCCAUUCUUAUAACGCCAUCCAUCCUUCUUAUUAAAUGCUGCCUUAAAUUCUACAGAACUGCAAUCAUCUCCCAUUCUUACUGUGAACACAUGGCCCUUGUGAAGCUGGCUGUUGAAGAUAUCCGAGUCAACAAGAUAUAUGGCCUGUUUGUUGCCUUCACCAUCCUAGGGUUUGACAUAAUCUUUAUCACCUUGUCCUAUGUUCAAAUCUUCAUCACUGUUUUUCAACUGCCCCAGAAGGAGGCACGACUCAAAGCCUUCAAUACAUGCAUUGCCCACAUUUGUGUGUUCCUUCAGUUCUACCUUCUUGCCUUCUUUUCUUUCUUCACACACAGGUUUGGUUCUCACAUACCGCCGUAUGUUCAUAUUCUUUUGUCAAACCUUUACCUGUUAGUCCCACCAUUUCUCAACCCUAUAGUCUAUGGGGUGAAGACCAAACAAAUUCAUGACCAUGUCCUGAGAAUGCUUGUCUUCAGAAAAAUAUCUUGAUCAUCAGUGGAUCCAUCUGAAAAAAAAAAAUAGUUCUAAGUAACAACCUGAAUAUGGUGAAAAGUAUCUUCCUAAAAUGUGUACCUCUGGGAAAAAUUCUUCAAACUAAAUCUCAGAAGCUUAUCACUCAAGAAGAUGGUCAACAAGUCAU